AUCGACCAUCUACCCUCACGUCGGGGCGUGCAGCGAUGCUCGACCUCACCCUCGCACGCUCGUGCCCGCCAGGGCUUCUGAGUGUGCUGCACAGACUGCCUGCGAGGAGAUAUGCGAAGCAUGUGUCGCUCGCAACUCGCAGUCUACACACCUCCGCGUCCCGAUGGAACGAACAGAGCAACGGCGCUCCUGCUAAACCAGGGCCAAUCGGCAUACCCUACUCAUCCUUGACGGUCGGAGUACCCCUAGAGAUAUACCCCAAUGAACACCGCGUCGCACUCACACCGCAGAACACGGCCUUGCUCCUCAAGAAGGGUUUUGCGAGAGUGCUCGUAGAGAAGACGGCCGGCGCGCAGGCGCAAUUCCUAGACGAGCAAUAUAAGGCCGCGGGCGCGAUCCUGGUCGACAGAGAUGAGCUCUUUGGCUCGACGGAUAUCAUGCUCAAGGUCCGGCCCCCGGUCUUUGGCCAGGAGGCGGAGAAAGUCAAGGAGGGUUCGACGGUCAUCUCAUUCCUCUACGCGAACCAGAACAAAGAGAUCGUGGAGGCGCUGCAAGCUAGGAAGACGAACGCCUUUGCGAUGGAGAUGAUUCCUCGGAUAUCGCGUGCGCAGGUCUUCGACGCCCUCAGUUCAAUGGCCAAUAUUGCGGGAUACAAGGCUGUGCUCGAGGCGGCCAAUCACUUUGGACGUUUCCUUACCGGUCAGGUCACGGCAGCAGGCAAAAUCCCCCCGUGCAAAGUCAUGGUCAUCGGUGCUGGUGUCGCUGGUCUCAGUGCAAUCGCAACUGCUCGUCGCAUGGGUGCCAUUGUCCGCGGGUUCGAUACUCGUUCAGCUGCACGCGAACAGGUCCAGUCACUCGGUGCAGAGUUUCUCGAGGUUACCAUCAAGGAGUCCGGUGACGGUGCCGGCGGAUACGCCAAGGAGAUGUCCCCGGAGUUCAUCGAGGCUGAAAUGGCUCUGUUCAUGGAACAGGCUAAGGAUGUCGACAUCAUCGUCACUACGGCACUCAUUCCUGGUAAACCGGCCCCCAAGCUCAUCACUGAAGAAAUGGUUUCUGCCAUGAAGCAAGGCUCGGUCAUUGUUGACUUGGCUGCAGAGACAGGCGGCAACUGUGCUGUCACGAAACCAGGCGAAGCAUCUGUCUACAAGGGCGUUACGAUCAUUGGCUACACCGAUCUCCCGUCCCGUCUACCAACUCAGUCUUCGACGCUAUACUCGAAUAACAUCACCAAAUUCUUGCUCUCUAUCAGCCCAGGUGACGGCCGCUUCGCGAUCAACCUCGACGACGAGGUCGUCCGGGGCUCCAUCGUUCUGCACGACGGUGUGCGCCUGCCGCCCGCUCCGCGCCCGGUGCCCCCGCCCGUUGUCGCGCCGCCGACGCAGCCGAAGGAGGCCGAAGUCACCGCGAUCACGCCCUGGGAGAAGGCUAAGCGCGAGGUCGCGCUCAUUACCGUGGGCAUGGGCUCCACCGUCGCGCUCGGGAAACUCGCGGGCACCGCGUUCAUGUCCAACUUCUUCACCUUCGGCCUUGCUGGCCUCAUUGGCUACCGCGUCGUGUGGGGCGUCGCGCCUGCGCUGCACUCGCCGCUCAUGUCCGUGACGAACGCGAUUUCUGGUAUGGUCGGCAUUGGUGGUCUGUACGUUAUGGGCGGAGGCUACAUGCCGGAGACUAUUCCCCAGGUGCUUGGUGCGGCUUCUGUGCUUCUUGCGAGUGUGAACGUCGCGGGAGGUUUCGUCAUCACUAAGCGGAUGCUGGACAUGUUCAAGCGUGCUACUGACCCACCAGAGUACAGCUGGUUGUACACGAUCCCUGCUGUCGUUUUUACUGGUGGUUUCCUUACCGCUGCCAGCACCGGCAUGGCCGGCCUCGUCCAGGCUGGCUAUCUGACCAGCAGCGUCCUCUGUAUUGCCUCGCUCUCUGGUUUGGCCUCCCAAGCAACCGCUCGCCAAGGUAACAUCCUAGGCAUUCUCGGCGUCAUCUCUGGUAUACUUGCGUCCCUCGCCGCCGUCGGCUUUGAACCCGAGGUCCUUAUCCAGUUCGCCGCCGUCGCAGCGAUGGGUGGAGGCAUCGGUACUCUCAUUGGUCGUCGUAUCACAGCAAUUGAGCUCCCGCAAAUGGUCGCAGCACUUCACUCUGUGGUCGGUCUCGCUGCAGUGCUCACGAGUAUCGCGAGUGUCAUGGCAGAUGCCGGCCACGCUGAUACGCUGCACCUCGUCACUGCCUAUCUUGGUGUCCUCAUUGGUGGCGUGACCUUCACCGGCUCCAUUGUUGCCUUCUUCAAGCUCGCAGGCAAGAUGUCGUCGCGGCCACUGGCGCUGCCCGGACGGCACAUCAUCAACAGCUCACUCCUCGGCGCGAACCUGCUUACUAUGGGCGCGUUUAUCAAAUUUGCGCCUGCUGUGCCUCUCGUGGCUGCCGCCUACCUCGGUGCGAACGCCGCGCUCAGCUUCAUCAAGGGAUUUACAACAACUGCUGCGAUCGGAGGCGCUGAUAUGCCGGUGGUUAUUACGGUGCUGAACGCGUACUCCGGCUUUGCGCUUGUUGCGGAGGGAUUCAUGCUGGACAACCCUCUCUUGACAACGAUCGGUGCUCUCAUCGGCGUCAGCGGUUCUAUUCUGUCCUAUAUUAUGUGCGUCGCAAUGAACCGCACGCUGACGAACGUGCUUUUUGGUGGCAUCGGCUCGAACGUCGUGCAGAGUGACUACAAGAUCGAGGGCAGCAUCACGAAGACAUCCGUGGACGAGACCGUCGACGCGCUGAGCAACGCUGACAAUGUGAUUCUCGUCGUCGGGUACGGCAUGGCCGUUGCGAAGGCACAGCACGCUAUCGCGGAGAUUGUGAGCGUCCUGCGCGCGCGUGGCGCAAAUGUGCGCUUCGCGAUUCACCCCGUCGCGGGACGCAUGCCCGGGCAAUGCAAUGUGCUCCUCGCAGAGGCCUCAGUACCAUACGACAUUGUGCUUGAGAUGGACGAGAUCAACGACGACUUCCAGGAAACAGACGUCACGCUCGUCAUUGGCGCCAACGACACCGUGAACCCGAUCUCGCUCGAGCCGGGCUCUGCUAUCGCUGGCAUGCCGGUUUUGCACGCAUGGAAGAGCAAGCAGGUUAUCGUCAUGAAGCGCGGCAUGUCCAGUGGUUACGCGGAUGUACCGAACCCAAUGUUCUACAUGCCGGGAACGAAAAUGCUGUUUGGUGACGCGAAGGACACUUGCGAAGCUAUCAAGCAAAAUCUCGAAGCGCGAGGGAACUAAUUCCCGCAGGAGUGUUCAACGAGGCACCUCUGACUCUAGAAGGGCUCAACGCUCUCUUGGAUGGGGUGCCCUCCGUGUGUAAAAUUACUUGUGCUGUGGACAUUUGUUGCUGUUGUGUGUUGUACAUUGCUGCAAUCUACCAGACCAUUGAAUAUAUCUGGGUUUUACACCGC